AUGAAGAAGCUUCUCGUCCUUAUUGCUCUUAUGGUUACUGUCUACAGUGCAUGGGACGGUAAAACGCCGGACAUACCUGGUAUAAGCGCUGAAAGCAUGAAGAAACUUCGUGAAAUGCUAACUCCUCGUCCAGCUAACAAGGAAGCAUUCAAACAGGUAAUGGAGAAAUGGAAGAGCACUCUUUCGGCUACGGAAAAGGCAGCUGCCGAUGCACAUAGGGAGAAAAUGAUCAAACUGAAAGAGCAACUGGCAAAAAGAGCUUCAUGA